AAUUAUUUUUGAAUAAAAAAGAAAGAAAGAAGUGUCGAUUGGAGUACAGAAACAAAACCUCCCAAGACAGCGGUCGAUUCGAAAAGCAUUAUUGUCACCACCAUCCCCAGCACCACAAUCCACCAUUCCCUUUGUCUUUCACAUUUUUUCGUUUUACAUUUCUGGUCGAAUUCCUUUAAUAAUGGGUGGAAAGGUUAAGAUCUGGAAUCCCGUGGAAAUCGCAGAAGAAGCCAAAAAUGAUUACGCCUCGCAGAUUUUUCCCUCUCUUCUUACAAUUGACCCCUCUCUCUCCCUUGCUCAAAUGACACCGCUCGUCAUUAAUCUGUGCAAGGACAUGUUCAAGGAUUGGUCUAAUUUACACGAUUCUUGCUUUCAAGUUGACAAGAUUUCUGGAGGCAUUACUAAUUUAUUACUGAAGGUUACGGUUCAACAAGGUGAUUCUGUAAAUGAUAUUAUAACUAUCAGAUUGUAUGGACCCAACACUGAGCAUAUUAUUGAUCGCCAUCGAGAAUUACAGGCCAUCAAAUACAUCACUGCUGCAGGAUUUGGUGCCAAGUGGCUUGGAAUAUUUGGAAAUGGCAUAGUGCAAUCUUUUAUCAAUGCACAUACUCUUACACCAUCAGAUAUGCGAGACCCAAAACUGGUUCCUAAAAUAGCCAAACAGUUUCAAAGAUUUCACCAUGUGGAAAUUCCAGGUUCUAAGGAACCUCAGUUAUGGAAUGAUAUCUGGAAGUUUUUUGAGAAAGCAUCUGUUCUAGAAUUUGAUGAUAGUGAAAUGCAAAAGACUUACAAGACAGUUUCGUUCAGGGAAGUUCAAGACGAAAUUAAUGAGCUCCAGGUGUUGUGUGAUCGUCUUAAAUCUCCUGUAGUUUUUUCUCACAAUGACUUGCUCUCUGGAAACAUAAUGGUUAAUCACGAAGAAGAUAAACUUUACUUCAUUGAUUAUGAAUAUGCAUCAUACAACUACAGAGGCUAUGACAUAGGGAAUCACUUUGCAGAAUAUGCCGGUUUUGAAUGUGACUACUCCUUGUACCCAAAUAUGAAUGAACAAUAUCAUUUCUUCAGGCAUUACUUACAGCCGGACAGACCUCAAGAGGUGUCUGAGAAUGAUCUUAAAACCUUGUAUGUUGAGGCAAAUACAUAUGCACUGGCCUCACACCUUUUCUGGUCUUUGUGGGGGCUAAUUCAGGCAAAGAUGUCCCCAAUAGAUUUUGAUUAUCUUAGUUAUUUUUUCGAUCGAUACAAGGAGUACAAAAGGCAGAAAGAAAAAUUUGUAUUGUUGGCGCUAUCCUACCUUUCAGAAUGUAAGAGUUAGUAGAGAUUGAUUCCACUUCAUCAAUCACUCAUGGGUUGCUGUAUGUCAUGUUUGUAGCACAAGACCUUGAUUCAUAUAGUUAAAUGUUUCUUGAUAAAAAAAAAAUGUAGUUCAAUGUUGUAAAAUAUAUUUUGUAGACCUUCAUUGCAAUAAAGGAAAAUUUAGGCAUUUA